UUGACGUUUUUAUUAACGUGUACGUAAAAUACAACCUCGCCAAGCCCGUUAACACCGUUUACACCUGAAAUAUUUCUGACCAUUCACCAUCGUAAUCAAUUUACAUGUCGCGAUCGUCAUUGGCUAAGCUGGACGUUGGUCAACGGGUCGUGACGUCAAUGCUCACACCGUUUGAAGGUCGUUUACGUAGGAAAUAAAGUAUUUAAGAAGCGUGCAGAAAUCUAAGACUUCAGAUCAACUCAACCUGGUGAUUGAACAAGGCAAGGGAACGUACAAGAAAACUUCACGGAAAAAAGAAAGAAAAAAAAGAUGACGAUGAUGUAUUGUUUGGCUGGCUUAAUGGUCAGUUUUUACAUAAGCACGUGUACGGGAAGUGUUAUUACGCCCAAGGGGACGGGUACCGUUGCAGACGUAGUAGCAGACGUCAAUAUACAGGCAAUAAAUCCAGAAUGUGCACUGUUGAAGGAUGAAGGUGAUUGCACGGACAAUGUUCGUAGAUACUACUAUGACGCAACGAUUGGAUUUUGUAUGGAAUUUAACUACACAGGUUGUGGAGGCAAUCUCAACAACUUCCUAACAUCUGAGAAUUGUUACACCAGGUGCGUGUGCGCUAAUUCUAAAGACGUCGGUGAAGGACCUCAUAAAAUCACACGUUAUUAUUAUAAUAAAGACACAGAGCAAUGUGAAAUGUUUCAGUAUCAAGGCUCAGGAGGCAAUACGAAUAGAUUUCUUUCUGUAGCACAGUGUAAGAACACGUGCGAACGUGCAACAUUGAAGAACAGAUGCAGAAAGCGACCAUCAAUUGGUACCAACUGUAAUAACAACUCUACAAUUAAGUAUUACUACGACAAACAUUGUGAUUGCUGCAGGAAAUUCACGUAUCUUGGUUGCGAUGGUAACCGAAAUCGAUUCUCUACCCUGGAAACGUGUCAGCAGACAUGCUCAACAAAGCAGCCUACAACCCCCGCCCCUGUGACAUCAACGCCACGCCCAACACCGCCCAUCUGCUUAUACCAGGUUGAAUAUGGAGACUGUAGCAAGAUUAUCCUUCGUUACUACUACAACAGCAUCAGUAAAAAAUGUGAACAAUUUGCGUGGUCAGGAUGUGGUGGCUCAGAAAAUAAUUUCAACACCAUGGAAGCUUGCAUGAACAAAUGUACAAACUAAAUCAUUUGUAAACAUUUCGUUUCAUUUAUCCAAAACUUUGCUAAAAAAAUAAAUAACUUUCGUUUUGUUAGUGCCACAUGUGCUGCAGGAAUUGUAAAGCUGCUUUUCAACUUGCAAGAAAAAGGGAAACAGAAAGUGCCAUGCCUUUGCUUUAAAUUUCAUUAUUUGUACCCAUCUUGCAUGCUACAUGACUAGUAUUUUGUAAACUGAAAUCUUUAAUGUUAUAUGUGCAAUAAAUAUUGAUAUGCUAAUUAUUGUAUUAUUCUUCA